GUUCGUUUUUGAAGCGCACAUCUUUCCUCAGAACUCUCCGCUUUCUGCUCUUGUCCAGGCGACACUUAGGAAACCUGGGAGCGCGAAGAGCGUCUAAGAACCUUUCCUUAUUUAUAUCUAUACAUAUCUAUACCUGCAUAUAGCGGAAAAUGGAGCAGAAAGACACAGAGGUGACUGAGAAAGGAGUUUCAUCUUCUACAAGCGGAGUUGUGGUUCAAGUUCGGGAGAAGAAGGGAGCUUUGCGCGCGGCCAUCCCCUACAUGCCCUUCCCUAUGGCUGUCAUGUGUCUGUUCCUAAACACUUUCAUUCCUGGGUUAGGUACGUUCAUCUCGGCCUUCACGGUGCUGUGCGGCGCCAGGACGGAUCUCCCUGACAGACACGUGUGCUGCGUGUUUUGGCUGAACAUCGCUGCUGCAUUUAUCCAGAUCAUCACCGCUGUGGUCAUGGUGGGCUGGAUCAUGAGCAUAUUCUGGGGCAUGGACAUGGUUAUCCUUGCAAUCUCUGAAGGCUACAAGGAGCAGCCAGCCGGCCAGCAGCUAUAAGCUGUCCUCAUGUUUGGGCCAAAAGAAUAUGCUUCCCAUCCUCACACUGCUGUACUUCUGGCCACUUCAUUAGCCAGGAGUGUUCAGCUAGCCAUCACAAAAAGAAGGGCUAACGAAGGGCUAAGCUAGUCAGAAUUUCAGGCUGCAAAUGUCCAUCAUCCUCUAGUACACAAACAUACAUACAUGCAUACAUACAUACAUGCAUACAUACAUACAUACAUACAUACAUACACACACAAACUCACACACAAACACAUACUCUCUCUCUCUCUCUCUCUCUCUCUCUCUCUCUCUCUCUCUCUCUCUCUCUCUCUCUCUCACACACACACACACACACACACACACACACACACAUACAGCUCUGUGAUUACUAGCAGAAUCAAGCUAAUGUGCCAACUGAUGUGUACCACACUGUAAAUCUACCCCGGUUAGCACUAUUUUCUUUUUAAAUCUGUCUUCUCUAGGCUUACAGUGUAUUUUAUUUAUGAAUUAUAGAGAUUUGCAUAAAUAAUCAUUUAGACAGCAAUUCCAGAUGGUCAAGUGCUAGCCCACAUAUCAGCAUUAUCUCAUCACCGUGGAGUGAAGGCGGCGAACCCUGUCCAAUCUGUCAAUCAGAUCCGAUUCAAUUCAAACAGCUAAAUGCUGAAUUCAAACAGCUAAAUGCUGAAGGAGCCUACGUCUCAGAGACAUUGGUCACCUCCAAGUCUCAGAGACGUCGGUCACCUCCGUGUCUCAGAAACGUUGGUCACCUCCGUGUCUCAGAGACGUUGGUCACCUCUGAGACUCAGACGUUGUUCAACUCCAUGUCUCAGGGACGCUGGUCUCCUCUAUGUCUCAGAGACGUUGGGCUGUUUUUCCACUUGAUGUCAGCCCUGAUCUUAGAUGAUGUCCAGUACUGAACUGCUCCUGUACACUGUAAAGAUGUGGUAUGUGGUACAGUGUGGGAUGUGGUAGCCUAGUGGGUAAGGUGUUGGACUUCUGAUCGGAAGGUCAUGAGUUUGAAUCCCAGGUCCACCAAGCUGCCACUGUAGGGCCCCUGAGCAAGGCCCUUAACCCUCAGUUGUAUAAAUUGUAAGAUACUUUGGAUGACAGAAAUGUAAAGAGAACUUAUAAGGAAAAAAAGGUGUGUUUAGGAUGGGAUUUAUUUCACUGACAAGCCAAAGUGAUAAGUUCAAAAUGUCUUACUUAAGAUUUUGAAAUCUAUCCUUGGAAAAUAUCUGCAGCCUUCAUGACACAGUGAUAUUGUGCUGUUCUUCUGUCCUUUCCCUUCUUGAUAUAAAAUGAAGCACAAUUUCCACAUUUCUCUUAAACUUGUCUUACUUUAUUCAGUUUUAAUCUCUUUAGAUUUACAAAGAAAGGAACAGAUUUUAAGAUUCUGCUGCUCAAAUCUUUUAAUCUGUCACUCCGUGUUGUUAAAUAGGUUUAUCAGUAAAUACUGUAUGUGAUGUGAUUUAGCUGUUUUUUUUCUUCUUCUUUUUUUGUGUGUGUGUACAGAAUCGUUUACACAAACGCAACAGGAAACAAAACUGCCUUUAACAGAAUUAUUAAAAAUAUUAGUAUUAUAAAUAAAUUAUAAAUUAUUAAAAAUAUAUUGAAUGAAAAUAAAAUAUCAGUUGUGACUAUUA